UCAAGAAUGCGAGAACACAGAGACUCCACUGAAGUAUUUCUUAAAAUACUUUCCUGAAGAGUUCUGGGAAGAAUGUGCUUUUCAGACGAACCUGUACUCUGUGCAGGUCAGAGGGAAGUCUGUCCAAACGGACGCCAAAGAACUGAAGAUUUUUGUUGGUAUCCACAUUGCUAUGGGGAUCCUCAAGCUCCCAAGGGUCAGACUUUACUGGUCGCGAAUGUUUAGAGUAGACUUGGUAGCUCAAGCAAUGCCCCGAAACAGGUUCUUUGAGCUGAGGAGCUACGUUCACUUUGUUGAUAAGCUAUCGAUAACUCCGAACGAACGGGAGGAGAACCGGCUGGUUCUGGUAAAGCCUAUUCUGACCUCAUUCAGAAAUGCCUGCUUGGAGCUACCUCGGUCUAGGGAUGUGUCAAUUGAUGAACAAAUGAUUCCUUUUUCCGGAAGGUGCCCCGUGCGGCAGUGCGUUCCUUCCAAGCCAAAUCCCGUGGGUUUAAAAAACUUUGUAAUGGCAUCUCCAGAUGGCUUGGUUUUGGACUUUGCGAUCUAUGUUGGCAAGGGCACAGUCUCUGUGGAAGACAUGCGGGAGUUCGGACUUGGAGGAAGCAUCAUCAAGAAGCUUGUUGCAACGCUAAAAAGGGAUCAAGAUACUUUUCUGUUCACCGAUCGCUAUUUUACAGGCAUGAAAAUUGCCGAGCACCUGGUAGACGAAAAUAUCUUUCUGACCGGAACAGUGAUGGCCAACCGUACUGGAGGUGUGGCAGCAGCAAUGCCACAAGACCGGGACAUGAAGCGAGGAGACUCACACUGCAAGGUACGCAGUGACCGUAAAAUGUGCCUUGUCAAGUGGAAAGACAAUAAAUCAGUUCUAGUUUUGUCCACUGCAUUUGGCGUUGCACCAGAAGGAAGCUGCCAGAGGUCGAAGGACAAGAAAAAGAAGGUCAAAGUGCCGCAACCGCAUGCUGUAGCAGAGUACAAUCAGUUCAUGGGCGGUGUUGAUCUGAUUGACCGUUUUGUUUCGUACUAUCGCAUCUCCAUGCGGACAAAGAAGUGGACGGUGCGCGUGUUUGCACAAUUUCUCGAUAUUGCCUGCUGCAACGGGUGGAUUGAGUACAAGAGGCUUUGUGAGCAAAGUGCAACCCCGAAGCAGCAAAGGCUCGACCUCUUGACGUUCAAGAUGGACAUUGCCAUUGCUUUGAUCAAAGCAGAAACGUCACCACGAUCCAAAAGGUUGAGAGAGACCGAAGCCGACAGCGAUGAUGAAGAGGUGAACGCACGUGGAAAAAAGAGGGGCAAGGUCACUGCUCUCCCCCCUGAUGACGUCCGGUAUGACUUGACGGGGCAUUUUCCCGAGCACCAAAUGCUUGGAUCCCACAACAGGUGCCGGAAUCCAGGCUGUAGUGGAAAAUCCAGAGUGAAAUGCUUGAAGUGCGGUAUAUUUCUGUGCCUGCAAAACCGGAACUGCUUUUUGAAAUUCCACACCCGUUGAGUCCCACAGUCCCCGAUCGGGGACAACCAAGUUUUCCCUCUUCCCUUCAUUGUUUGAGAAUUAUCUUUUUUUCUAA